AUGUACGACGAGGCGUUUCCUCCCGGAUUGAUGCUCCACAUGGCAGAUCUCAUCCAGGCAGCCCCGCCCAAUCUCCAAUUUGUUGUAUCCGCAAAGGUCAACAGAGAGAGUUGCUACUCCCAGCUCUUAAUCGACGCAGGAUUAACAGAGCUGGGCAAUGUCAAAGGAAGCAAAACGAACAAUGGUGGAGCGACCACAUUUACUCUGUUCAAACGCCUGGAACCCCAAACGAACAAAGAUGGAGGGUCCGCAGCUCCGGCAACCGCGUCAGUGUCGCCUGUGCCUGAGAAGGAGACACUCCAUCUGCAGAUCGAAGGAGAGCUCGAAAGAUUCACGGUGGGGGGUUCCUACGAAUCAAGAUUGAAGUACUAUGAGGCACUGAAAGCCUCAACUCAGAAAACUAUGCAGCGGGAAAAGAAGCUACGCAAACUGCAUAGCAAGAAACGAGAGAAGAAGCAUUGCCUAUGUGCUGCUCAAGCGAUGUGCGAGGCAAAAUGCAUCGGAUGUGAGGAAUACUUCGCUCAUAUCUCCGAAGAUGAGCUCACAUCCAAAAAAGUUACUUGGCUACCAAACCAACAGGGCCUUUUCUGUAAGACGAAGUUGAACAAGGACCAAUUCGUCGUCGAGUACGCUGGGAGAAUCAGGAAGACAACAAGCACCGACUGCGAUCGGUACGUACUGUGUUUCGAUGGGAAGCGCAUCAACGCCAGGGGAUAUGGAAUCCAGCAGUUCGUGAACCAUAGCUGCAAUCCGAACUGUACCCUUACUAAGUGGACAGAUGAGUACGGAAAGUCCAGAGUCUCCAUCAGGACCAAGAGCAACAUUCCAUCCGAAACAGAACUGACGGUCGACUACGGUAGCGAAAGGGAGCCCUUCGACUGUAUCUGCGCCCGUUGUCGCCCCAUCACAAAAACGGUGAUGUGGUUCGGGAUGACGGGAACCACCUUUGAAAGUAUGAAAGUAGACAGGCCCAGUAUCACGCUGGGGAGGUCUGGGAAAAAAAAAUGGUUGGCCGACUUCUGUAGUCGGAACGGCAAUAAAUUGGGUAAACAGGAUGCCCGCGAUUUCCUCCGCAUAUCGGCUGCGAGGUGGAAGAAAACAGAGGUCUACUCGGUAUCGAUUCAAACAAUCGACGAAAUCGAGAUGCUGAAUCGAGACCCAGUCUUCCACAACAACUGUGACUGGAAUUCCCCAGAUUGUCUGGCCAAGAUCGUAGGGAAAGUGGACGUGGUUGAGUGCGACUGGGUUUGGAUGCCGGCAUCCUACCUAUCGGAUUGCUUGAAGAAUGGGUUUUUUACUAAGGUGAUUCCGGAGCUGAUCAAAUGUCAUCUUGCGCCUGGUGGUUACAUUUUGUUACCACUCCAAAUCCCCAUCCUCGACCGAGUAUUGGCCCACCAGAAUGAGGGCAAAUAUUCAGUAACUUUGCUGACAGAACAAGAAGCGACGAAACUUAGCCCUUUGUUACAGGCCACGCACGAGCUACAGGCCAUCAUGACCGACAAAGAAACUAGGAGGGUUAUGGGCAAAGCAAAACAGCAGCUGGAUCACUACGCUGGUAUUGAAAGCCUAUCGGUGGUAGAUCAGACGGUCUCCUCUGCUAUCGACGUCAAGGACUUCCUAAAUAACUACGCUGAAGAGAAUGGCGACAUUGGGAAGCUAAGAUUCAUUUGCAUCAAAAGCAAACAGCCCAGUAAAAGCAGUCAGGCCGCUGGUAUCAAAAUAAAGCAGAGGAGCAAAAGAAAGCAGACGACAAAACCAACCGCUGCUGGCAAAAGGAAGAGUGUUCCGACAACGGAACCGGUGAAGGCGACAACUUCUGGUGCCAAACGAAACAAAAGGGCUGCGGGCAAAAGAAAGCAGACGACAAAACCAACCGCUGCUGGCAAAAGGAAGAGUGUUCCGACAACGGAACCGGUGAAGGCGACAACUUCUGGUGCCAAACGAAACAAAAGGGUGGUCGCUGCGGUCGUGGAGCAAUCAACCAAAGCCAAAACCAAGAUUUCCGCUGCCGCAACAGCUAGAAGCCGGAAGGCUCCAGGUUGUACCCCAAGAGAAAUGCGGUUGAAAGCCAAAGUGCUAGGGUAG